CACACCCUUGCUGAUGUCACUGAUAAGUACACACACACACAUACACACAGCACUUCUCAUCGUGAUCAACAUCAGCCUCCUGUCAAACCUCUCCCAUCUCUCCACACACAGAUCAAACUUCAUCAGAAGAGAACCGGUGCGAUCAAAGGCGUGAUGAACUCAUCUUUUAAUGACACCAAGUCCUCUAUGUACCCCGGCGAGACCAUGCGCAUUCUGCAGAUGAUCAUAACCGUUCUGAUCUUCGUGGUGGGUGUUUUGCUAAACGGACUGGUGGUCUGGGCUUUGGGGAUUCGGGCCCGGAUCAGAAGGGGAACAGGCGAAACGCAGGGUGCCAGCAGCUUUCGGACCUACGUAGUAAAUCUGGCGGUUGCCGACCUGGUUCUCUUGCUACGCACGCCAAUGAUGCUGCCCUACCUGGCGCACCACUUCAACUGGACGUUGGGAGAACCCGUAUGUAAACUGAUCAUCUACCUGCGCUGUCUCGGACUGUACGCCAGCGCGUUCUUGCUGUGCGCCGUAGCGGUGGAGCGAUGCUUGUGUCUCCUCAGACCGGUGUGGGCUCGACUGAGACGGCCACGAUGGGUCGUACGGCUGGCUUGCGCUGUCAUCUGGUUGUUGGCCGCAGCUCUGGCUGCUCCAUACAUAACAGCAGCUAAGCUCGUUGUCGUACAGAAUCACACCAACUGUAUAGAAACCGAUAAAGAUUUUGGGCAAGCCUUAAUUGUGGUGGAGACCAUGGCGGGCUUCUUGCUACCUCUGGUGAUCUUCCUGUCCUGCAACAUGGCGGUGCUAUUUUGCGCAAAGAAGACAGAGAUUGCCGUGCCCACAUCUCCCGUAUCUUCUCCUAUCUCCUCAUCCGGACCGACUUACACGUCCCAGCGGCUAACCCGACUCUACCGAGUGCUCCUCCUCACCAUGAUCCUCUUCCUCACCUGCUGGGUGCCGUACUUUACCUGUCGCUUCCUGAGGGCUAUUUCUCCAGAUGGAUCAACGCUAAGAUCGGGGGCGAUCGGAGGCGCGUACGUGGCGCUGUUUUUUGUUUACAUAAAGAGCGCGCUCAACCCCAUCCUGUACGUGUUUGCGGCCCGUGGACUAGGCCGCACCGUGCGCGCCUCGCUCCUGUCUACGUUCGAACGAGUCUUCAACGACGAAUUUUCUGAGUCUAUACGAAGAAAAUCCUCACAAAGAAAAGACUCUCAGUUUUAGUAUGAGUUUAUGAUGGGUCACUAUACAAAUGAUCAGCUACUGGCUCCAGAACAGUGGAGGUCACAUCACACCUGAACCUUCUGCUUGGUGUUCAGGAACUAGAAAAAUGAUUUUGGUAUUGAGCAAAUGGUGCAAUAUAUGUGUUUCACAUUACAUCCAAUUGACGCUCUACCUUCAUUUUCAGUUUGUAUAAAGCAAUCAAUAUGUUUUUACCAUCAUGUAGCCUUUGCAUCCCAAAGACAAAGCGUUCAAGAAUCAAGCAGCGUGAAGAAGAGAACACUUUGUUCUGACUUUCAGAUUCACUAUUAAUAAAUCUAAAGGAAUGUUCUUUUGAUAUCUGUACAAGUAGAAACAUGGCCUUUAAAAGUACAUCAGAUUAUUGGGGAAACACUUUUCAAUUUUUUUAAAGAGCAGAUCACAUAUUAAAGCAAGAAUGUGAACCGCACAACUGAUGCAAAUUAAUCAUGACCUGUCUUAACUCACCGGACAAGAAUGUCACCAUUGUAACAUUGCACAAUUAGUCAUUUUAAAACCUAUAAGCAUUUUAUUUGUUUAACAACUGCUGUUAUCACAGAACAAAGUGUAAAGUUGGUGAAUUGAAUCAUUUGUGAUCUAGCUGUGAUGUUUAAGUGUCAGGAUUAUCAGUCCAGGGCUGUGUCUUUAUCUGUCUGUACUGCAUCCACCUGUUUGUGUGCAAGCGUCAGGAACGCCUUCACAUCCUCGACUACUGGAUCUGUCUGAAGAGCUCGGACCACCGCACAGGGAUUGGGUACCAUCUUCAUCAUGUGCUCCUAAAGAACCAAUCACACACGUUAGAAGAGUAGGUGAUGAUGACUUAGACAAGUAUUCUUCCUUAGUGAUGAUAUAAUAACUUAAAUAUUUACAAUAAAGAAUAAAAAUUAUUUUUAUUAUAAAAGCUUCAACUGAGAUUGAAACCAUGUAAACCAUGA